GCGAGGCGCUGGCCAUGGACUACCGCGCGGCGGUGAUGAGCCGGGCCGUGCCGGGGCAGUUCGAUGACGCGGAGUCCUCUGAUAGUGAAUAUACACAGGACAUCAAAACAACUAAAGAAGAGGCAAUAAAGGUUGAAAAUCAGCAGCCACAUUUGAAUGAGGAAGUGGACACUGAUGAAUUAGAGGAUGACGACGACGACGAUGAGGAGGAUGAAGACUGGGACUGGGAUGAUGCAGCUGGGAGACUCACCAAGCGGCAUGCUACUGUUGGAGGGUGCAACCCACAGGCAAAUAGACAGACCCCUAGUUGCAAUUCAGCAAAAAUGUCCACUCCUACAGACAAGGCUUUAAGAAAAUUUGAGCAUAAAAUUAAUCUAGAUAGGCUAAAUCUGGACGACUCUGUUAUAAACAAAGUCACAGAAAAAUCUAGACAAAAGGAAGCAGACAUGUAUCGAGUCAAAGAUAAAUCAGAUAGAGCAACAGUAGAACAGGUAUUGGAUCCAAGGACCCGAAUGAUCCUGUUCAAGAUGCUAACAAGAGGUGUCAUAUCAGAGAUAAAUGGCUGCAUCAGCACAGGAAAAGAAGCUAAUGUAUAUCAUGCCACUACAGCAGAUGGAGAAAACAGAGCAAUAAAAAUUUAUAAAACCUCUAUUCUGAUGUUUAAAGAUCGGGAUAAAUAUGUGAGUGGAGAAUUCAGAUUUCGUCACGGAUAUUGUAAAGGAAACCCGAGAAAAAUGGUGAAGACGUGGGCAGAAAAGGAGAUGAGGAAUUUAAUAAGAUUGAAUACAGCACAGAUACCUUGCCCAGAGCCAGUUAUGCUAAGGAGUCACGUGCUUGUCAUGGGUUUUAUCGGUAAAGGCGACAUGCCUGCUCCUCUGUUGAAAAAUGUUCAGUUAUCUGACUCAAAAGCCCGGGAGUUGUAUCUGCAGAUCAUACAGUACAUGAGAAGAAUGUACCAGGAUGCCAGACUUGUUCAUGCUGACCUCAGUGAAUUUAAUAUGCUAUACCACAAUGGGGAGGUGUUCAUCAUUGAUGUAUCCCAGUCAGUGGAGCACGACCACCCACAUGCUUUAGAAUUCCUCAGGAAGGACUGUGCCAAUAUCAAUGAUUUCUUCCAGAAGUACGAUGUUGCAGUGAUGACUGUGAGAGAACUGUUUGAAUUUAUUACAGAUCCUUCCAUCACAAGUGAGAACUUGGAUGCUUAUCUAUCAAGGGCAAUGGAAGUAGCAUCCCAAAGGACAGAGGAAGAAAGGUCCAGUCAAGAUAAAGUGGAUGAGGAGGUGUUUAAGAAAGCUUACAUACCUCGAACCCUAACCGAAGUUAAAAACUAUGAAAGGGAUGUUGAUAUCAUGAUAAAACUGAAGGAAGAGGAUAUGGCAUUAAAUGUUCAGCAGGAUAACAUUCUCUACCAGACUGUGACAGGAAUGAAGAAAGACUUAUCUGGUGUUCAGAAGGUUCCUGCACUCCUUGAAAAAGAAGUAGAGGAGGAAGCAAACUCAGAUUCAGAAGACAGUGGCAGUUCAGAGGAUUCCGAUUCAGGCUGCAAAGAAGAGGGAGAGCUCCACCCCAAAGAUCAACCCACUGAAUCUGGCCUCGAUAAAAAGGAAAGGAAAAAGAUGGUUAAAGAAGCCCAAAGAGAGAAAAGGAAAAACAAAAUCCCAAAGCAUGUGAAGAAGCGGAAAGAAAAGACAGCAAAAAUGAAGAAAGGCAAAUAAAUCAGCUUUGAUGUUUUAGUAGCAAGGUGGAAAUUACAGCUGAUUGGUCUCCUUCAGUUUUUUAUAUUUUUACUUUGUGUUGAGAUAAACUCUGAAUUCACCUUGAUUGUGGGUUUUUGAUGGGAUGCAGCGUGUACUGCAGACUGGAUUGAGUACUCCUGUGUAUAUGUAAAGCCUUUACCGUAAUGUGGUAGCUCUUGUUCCACUUUGUGAGCUGUGCAGAAGAGGGAAAUUCUUUAUGGUAUUAACCCAAUACAAAAGAAGAGAAAUAUGCAAUUUUGUAUGUUUCUCUUUCAAGCAGAGGAAAAUCUAAAUAGUGGUAUGGAUAUCCAGUUUUAUGCCACUGACAUCAUGAUCUGCAUUUUUCAUUCUUGUAGGGCCUGAAGAUAGGUCCACAAAUCCUUAUUCAGAUGCCUGCAUAAGAGUCUGAUCCCAGUAAAUUUCAGUGGCAAAACUGCCAUUAACUACUAUGGAUUUUACUUUGAAUACCCUCUUUUUCCUGCUUCCCACCCCCACCUCCCAAGGUACUAGGUGCUAUGAAUGAUAAGCAUCUCUGAAAAACCAAGCUGCAUAUUUAGGUCUCUAGAUAUGAGGUCAAGUACCUGGUAUUAGUGACCGCUGAAGUUUUAAAAAUGUUGAUACAAUUUUUAAGUACUUCAGUGAGAAAUUCUUUACCAGCUAAGACUCAUUUCAUACGCUUAAUGUCAGCUGACUGCCAGCUGCUAAGAAGUGUCAUCUCUUCUUUAGCUUCUAAGAAUUCUUCAGUGUCAAUGGCUAACCCAUUGCAGCUGUCUUUCAGUGCUCGUUGAGUCUUUUAGUGGUACAAUUUUAACAUCCAGAUGUUCAUCUUUACUGAGGUUACAACUUAAACGGUGGCUUCUUUGUUCCUGUGGCUUUGCACCAUCCAUCUAUGAAAACAAAACUUGUUAUAUUGUUGCUAAAAUAAUAUUUCAAAAUACAAGCAUAAUGCUUUGUUACCAGUAUCCUUUUAAAAACAGAUUUUAAUCGGGUUCUAAAGCCCAAUUAACAUGACGCUUAAGCAGAUGCGGUACAAAGCUUAUUUAAUUAAAGUUGCUUUCAUUCUCCCCUCUGGCUAAAUGAAUAACACAAAUAUAAGCAUUUGGUUCAAACAACUGUGCUGCAUUAUAUUUUAAGUUUGUAAAUGAUGCUACGUUUUCAUUAAAAGCACUUGUCGUGUGCCACACACAGGUAUGCUGCAAGGUAGCCACUUCUGAUGCAGAGUCCUCGGUACCCACAGCUCCUAUUCUCCAUUGACUCAGAUAAGCAAGGCCUAAAAACUUAGUCUGUUCAACUUGCUGUGCUUCCAUCUCCUGCAAACCAAGCUCUGUUAAGAGGUUUCAUGCGGGGCACCCUUUCCCCACUGAGAAUUUAGGCUAAAAUCUUGAAUGGCAUCCAAGAGGAGUAAACAUAAGUGAUGUCUACACUUAUACUAUCUAGAGUAACAGUGUGCUUGGGAUAUUACCCCUGGGAUUCAAGAUGUGAGCCAACAGCUAACCAUCUGGACUUGUGGAAUUGGGGGGGGCUUUCCCUAAUGGGCAUAUUGUUUGCAUAUAGUUGAAGACAGUAGGUUUUUAAAAUUCCUUGCUGCUAUACUCGAGUGUGCCAUGUGCUUCGUUGAGGGAAAGUUGGGUGCUGGACUUAACAAAUCUGACCUGACUUGGCUUGGGAAUUUAUAUGACACUCCAGUUCUACAUGAGUUAAGCCAGGUCAUAUUCCAUCUUGCUCAAGUAUAUGAAAAACAACACAAAACAUGGUUGGGUUGUCUUGCUCUUUACUUUCUGCCUCUUGGCAUUAAGGCUAAGAUAAAAGUGUGUUACAAAAGUAGAGGCUUUGGUGGCUUAAGCAGGGUGAAAUAGGAUCAUGCUGAAGCACCUGAAGCCAAUUGAACUAGAGGUGGAAUAAAAUCUGGUCCCUUGCCUUACCAGUGGUUGUGUCUUGUAAAUUCAGUUGUCAUAUAAAGACAGGUUUGGGCUGGGUAUCAAUGCAUGGCUUCUCUUGCAAAUUAGAUACAGGCUCUGUUUGUUUAACUGUUGCACAGAUGCACUGGAAGGUAGAGGCGUGCAGAUGACUUCUCCCUGGCAAAGCCAGUAAAACCAGCUUUGCAUAUAAGGAUGUGCCGAUGUGAAGGUUUCUGCUAUGCUGAAAUGAUAUUUAGAUGAAACAAUGCAAAACUAGCUCUGACUGGCCUCUGUUGUACUGCUGCAUGCUUGCUGCUGGCAGCAGUCAUUCAUUCAAAAGCCACACCUAGAAUAUUCCAAAAAAGAAACGAGCCUUAAUGUUUUAAGAAACCAUAGCCUGUCCUGUAAUCUAUCACCAACAGCUGAUGGUGAGGGCAAAGGAUUAAAGGAGACCUCUCAGUAGUCCAUUUGCAGGUACAGAUAUUUCCACAGCAGGAGAAAAGUGAACAUUCAGUCAUGUCUGUAAAAGUGGUGCUUGCAGUCCACUGGGUGGUAUGAAACAUGACACACAGGCCAACUGGCUCUUCCAGCCCUGCCACCUCCUGCUCUGCAGAGCCUAACCCCCUCCGGUUCAGCUGCAGAGAAGAUUUAACAAUGCCAGGGGGAGGGGGAAAGCAUGCCAAGGCCUUUUCACCCUAUCGCCUAACUGCCCAGUUUCGCUCCCCACUACUUGAAAAGGGAGCAGAAUGAGGUAUUGGGCCCUUAAUUAUUCAGAUGCAACAGUGAUAGGGAGAAAUAAAGCGCCUAGAUCACCAUUUUGGUGAUUAUUCAAAGAGAUGAUAAUUUUAUAUAUCGUGUGUGGCUUCUCUCACAUAUUAAAUACAGACUGGGUUUAUUUAACUGUUGCACAGACUAAAUGAUUAUAUAUAAUAAUCUUAGAAAUGAAAUGGGAAUUGCAUGUUUCCUAGAAAAUUUUUCUUCUGUAAAAAAAAUAUAUAUAUACACACAUACAUAUAUAUGUAUAGCAUAUUCCCUCUGAGAGCUUAAAUUUCCAUCUUUAAAGCAGCAUUUGAUUUCCAUAGUGAAAAGAAGGUCCUCUAGUCUAGCAGCUAGUUUUAAUUUCCUAGUAUGACUGUUUGUUUUUAACUUGUGAUCAUUUUUACUUCCUCUAGGGGGAGGCACAAGUUCUUGAUCCUAAUAUGCUGGAAACAAUGUAUAUGGGCUGCACUUGGGGAAGUUUUUUAUCUGCAAGGGUUUUGCUUUUUUUAUUUAGUUGUAGCCCUUUGAAAAUCCAGAGAUUAGUUCUGUUGUCUUAAAGAAAGUGAAACACUAUUCAUUCUAUGGGACCUUGGUGUGAGGAUUACAUAUUCAGAUCCAGUAUAAUUAAGAGUGAAUGCAGGCUCGGUUUUGACAUGUACUUCAAACAUGCCAAUGCUGCAGUGCUUGAGUCUUGUUAAACUGGUUUAGACUAGUAUAAAAAGAACAAGCCCUUUUCAGAAGAUGAAUUUGAGUCCAGACUUUGAUUUUAACACCCUGAAGUCUGUAGGUUUCAGAUAUAAAGUCUUCAGGUCUCUGUUAGCGAAUGAAAAGUGGUAAUAAGGUUUGAAAUUGCAAAUAUGUAGAUAAUUUAUUAAGUAUGUGUAUAUGCUUACUCAUUCUCUAAUUGUAUGAUCAAACAGAGAGACUUUGUGUCCAUACGACAGCUCUCAGAGCAAAAGAACGCAAUGCUAGGAUUUGGGGGAUACAGUCCACAAAUUGCAACUUUCUGUGCAAGAAACUAGCAAAUGAUCCCUGUGCCCUGAUCUUGAGUAAUGCACAUGGCUCCCAUGCUACAGUGUCCUGCAAGCCCCCAAUAUUUGACUGUUGCUUAUUUACGCACAGUUAGUGAACAGUCUUAGGGCCACAUGUGUCAAGCCCUCAUCUGUCUGCUCUUUGCAGAGCUGGUUUUGUGAUACUUUUUUCAUAAAGAAGCAUUUAAAAUUUAAACAAUAAAAACAUGUUUAAGUUUA